AUGCCAUGUAUGUACUUCUCAGGGGAAGAAAGCAAGGAAAUCGCUUUCGAUGAUCCUGCCAGUAAGUGCAUCAGGAUAAAUCCAGCACUUUUUACAAAAGUACAGAAUGAUAAUGAGCAAAAUGUCAGAGUCUUAUUAGACACUCAUUUAUUAAGGAUCCGUAGUUAUAUACCAAAAGAUGAACUAUCUCUGGAGAAAAUAGAAAGAAUAGUACCCAAGAGUGAUGCGUCAGUAUCGGUUGAAACAAGGGCAUCCAUACCGCUCCUUAAUUUUGUAACUAAUCUAAUGACUACAGCAGACUUCAAGGAGAUGAAUUCUGAUGAAUUCAAAACUAGCUACCUCGCUCCACUUGACAAUGCUCUCAGAGAGUCUAUUAUCGAUGAUGACUAUUUGCUGAAGCGAUAUGCUUAUCCGUUCGGCGAUGCUACAAAUGCGGAAGAUGUUAUCCAGCGAUAUUUUGAUGGGAAGAUUGCUGAUUCAAUCAACGAACUUUACCAUGACAUUUGUGAUAGGAACCAUUAUUUUGGGAGGACAUCUAUUUUGAGACCUCCUUUAGAUAGAAGACGCAUAAUAAAGCCGGAUAUGGCUCAUUUU